AUGACGCCGCACCACAGGAAGCUUCACGUCCCGGUGCCAUCUUUGGCCACAGCGACGCUCCUCCUGCUUCCCCUCGCGCUCCUCGCCGCCGUGCUCGUCGCCGUAUACCACAACGAGUUCGCCCUGCAGUCCUAUCUGGCCCGCCCCACUUGCCCGAGCAACGCCAGCGACACCAGCCUCACGGGGCGGCACGUCGCCGUGCGGGUGGCCCCGGAUUUCCGGCUGCUCAUCGGCGUGCUGACGCUCCCGGGCCUGUACGAGCGGCGGCACCUGAUGCGCACGGUGUACGCGCUCCAGCAGCCGAACCUGACGGCGCACGUCGACGUCCGGUUCGUCUUCUGCCGGCUGGCCUCGGAGGAGCAGCGCGUGCUCGUGGCGCUGGAGGCGAUGCAGCACGGCGACGUGGUGGAGCUGGACUGCCCGGAGAACAUGGACAACGGCAAGACGCACGCCUACCUCUCCAGCGUCCCGGCGCUCUUCGGCGACCGGGCGUACGACUUCGUGAUGAAGACCGACGACGACACCUUCUUCCGGCUGCCGCAGCUGGUGGAGUCGCUGAACCGGGCGCCCAGGGAGGACCUGUACUACGGGUGCAUGGUGCCGUGCGACGUGGUCCGCGUGCAGGAGAAUGAGUACAUGUCCGGCAUGGGGUAUGUCAUCUCGUGGGACCUCGUGGAGUGGAUCGUCGCGGCGGCGGAUCAGAUCAGAAACCACACAGUCGGGCCGGAGGACAGGCUGGUCUCCUCGUGGUUCAGAGGUGCCGGGAAGGGCAAGAACCGGGUGGACACGAAGCCGGCCAUGUACGGCUUUCCUGAUCGCGCGGACCAUUGCGCGCACGAGCUCGUGCCGGACACCAUCGCCGUCCACAAGCUCAAGAACAACGGGAGGUGGGCGACAACGCUCAAGUACUUCAACUUCACCGCGGGGCUCCAGCCGUCCAAGUUCUACCGCAUGGAUCGAUGA